AUGCUACAUGAAGUUUGGACUCUAUUUCAACACGGCCUCACUUCCCCGAAAAUACACAUCCAUCUGGAGCAUCUCACUGUUACGUAUGACGGCAAGUACCUCCAUCGAAGAUACCUGAAGAAGAUGGUAGCCCUGGCUUCCAUAAGUUCAGUCCACUUUUCCUCUGGGAGAGGCACACACUUAAUUCCAACUCGCGUAAAAGAAGAAGCGAUUCGCGAGCAGGUUACUUCUGACUGCCUGAACGCUUUGUUCGAUAUUCGAGAUGUUAACGUUGUCAUUACCUGCUUGUGUGCCUUUCAUCGGCCAACUGACAGACUUCACACAUUCAGAAGGGUAUAUCAGGAAGGCGGUUUCCUUCUUGCUUCCACAUAA